CAGCUGUACUGACGAUGCACAUCUGACACCAAACAGCAGUCCUGUUUCUUCCGGACGAGAACUUUACUGUUUAGUUGCGCUUUAAAAUGAGGCACUGAAGUGUAGAAUUGUAUCAUUUGUGUGAAUAGACAUUAUCUGCCGUAAUACUUUUUAAGAAUUGUGAGCAUUCUACGGGUAGCACCGUAACAGUCUUUAUAGCUUACUACUUACCGUACAACCAUCGUAUCUUGGGAGUUUUGGAGAACUCAUUAGCUCGAAGCUGCAGAAUGGAAGAACUAAGCGCGUUUCGGGCACUGGAGAAAACAUGCUUUGUACUGGGUGCUAGUGGCGAAACGGGAAAGGAGCUUUUGAAAGAGCUCGUGCGUCUGCAGCCGUUCAAGAAUAUCGUUCUAAUUGGGCGUCGAAAGCUGGAGUUUGAGGAGGAUAAUUUGAGAAAUCUGGAACAGCGCAUCGUUGACUUCGACAACUUGGAUAAACCGGAACAUGCCAGAAUGUUCGAAGGUUGCAACCACGGAUUCUGCUCUUUGGGUACAACGCGAAAAAAAGAAGGAAAGGAAGGAUAUAUUCGCGUCGACCACGAUUAUGUGGUGGCAGCUGCCAAAGCGGCCAAAGCUGGCGGCUGCGAGCAUUUUCAUUUGGUUUCCUCCCAGGGUGCUGAUGAGCACAGUAUGCUCUUAUUGACCAAAGUUAAGGGAGAAGCCGAACGGGAUGUGGCUGCUCUGAACUUUCCCCGUUGUUCGCUCUACAGGCCGGCAUUUCUUGUGUGCGACCGCACUGAGAGUCGUCCCUUUGAAACACUAUUUAAAUACGCGAUCAAGCCCAUCGAAUGGUUGUCGCCUACGCUCAUAAGUAUCCCGACCAGCUUGUUAGCCAAAGGGAUGAUAGCCAACGCCUUCAUACCGGGACAAAAGGGGGUGGAGAUCGUUGAUAAUAAAAAGAUCCACGAAUUAGGCCAUAAAUGCCCUUAAUUUUACAAAAUUCUUUAAAGAAGAAAUAUGAUUUUUUUGUGUUUUGGAUGCGAUUUAAUUAUUGCCUAUUACGGCUGUUUGCACUAAAAGCGUUUCAGAUUAUUUUUCGUUCUCGCACUAGGUGAUUUUGUGUCUCAUUGCGUGAGCGUCUUGUACUUAAAGAGUUAUGUUCAGUACAGUUGUAAGCCACAUCUUUUUUUUGCUGCUAAUUGCUAUCGAAGUCUUUUGUAUGUGAAACGUGGACAUGUGCAGAAAGCAUUUUAUAUUCGUAAAACAAUCCAUAAAAUAUUUUAAGAACUGCA